CAUUGUAUUUUAUUUUCUUUAUUUCAUUUUUGUAGCUACGUUUUCGCAGAUUUGUGCGUUGUUUUUUAUAGUGUGUUUCAUGUAUUUUACAUUAUGAAAUCGCAGAAGAGAUUUAAAUUACUGGAUAUUUGCGCUUAUGUCAACUGUAACAAGAGCCGAAAUGAAGGAUAUCAUCUGUAUCACUUCCCGGAAGGAGACAAUCCGCUUCUUAAAGAAUGGAUUUCAAAAAUUGGAAAUCCAGCUUUAGAACAUUAUGCCGACUCCAGUUUAAGAAAAAUGGGCGUUUGUGCCGAUCAUUUUUUACCCGAAAUGUUCCAACCAAAUCUUACAAAAUAUACGAAAAUAAGAAAGUUGAGGAUGAAUGCCAUACCCGAACCACCAAAAAAUUUAUCAGUAAAUGAAGAAAAAGAACAUGUACAAGCAAGUCAGCCGGUAAUCAAAAAACAGCGGAUGAAAAAAAGAAUGAAAGAGGAAGAAGAACAUCAAUAUCACCACCACUACCAUCAACAACAGCAAGAGGCAAAAGAAAGAGAGGUAGAAGAAGAAGGAGAAAAUGAAUUAUUUAUUAAUAAACCAAUACUAAAAAAUACAAAGCUGCCGUUAAUAUUCUCUGACUAUGAUGAUUCAAUGGAAUGGGCAGAGGAAAUGAAAUUGGAAAACGAAUGUACUCAGCUAUUGAAAAAAAAUAAAAAUUUGAAAAUACAAAUAAAAUAUCUCAAACGAAAGUUCGAAAGAAUCAAGAGAUCCAGAGAUCGAUACUAUAAACUUUUAUGUAAUGUAGAAACUAUCGAUAAAUUUUUACACGGACAUGAAUGCGAAAAUGACGCCAUAAGAGCACUUGUUAAGCCGCAGCUGGAAAGUGCUAAGCAUAAAAUACGCAACCUAAGAACGAAAUGAGUGCGAGGAGAGCAAUUAGAACAAUGAUCGUGAACUACGGUCGUAUACAUAAGUCUAGAGUGUCGAAGAUGAUCCACACCAUCAUAUGCAAGAAUCUAUAAGUUAGGUAUCUGCAAUGUUUGAUUUCACGUUACAGAUAAAAGAAACAAUUUAGUUUCACCACAAACGAGGUAUACUUGUUAUAGUUCCACAUUACAAGAAAAUUAAUCUUAAAUGACUCAGAAAGAGAUCAAUCCUUUAUUAUAUAUAUAUAUAUUUAAGUAAAAUAAAGGAACUCUUUCCUUUCAAACAAUAAUGGAUCUGUGGGAUAAUUCAAUAAUUUUAAUAUAUCCCCAGUAGACAAUAGCUUUUUAGAUUUAACAUUAAACCUACUAUCUUCAGGAUAAUGUUUUUUUAUAAUUAAACUUAAAUUUUAUUUUAAUAAUAAUUUCAGCAGUUAGUAGGGUGUGAAUGACAUUUCUGACGUGAUAUAACGAGAUUUUAUAUUAUUUUUUCAUCAAUAGUAUUUCAUGCUUCAAUAAUUUUGUAACUUUAUUAUAUUUUUGAUUUUUCGAAUAAAUCCGAAGAACUAGUAUUCUCCAUAUGUUUUCAAUCUGAUUUACGUCAGGAGAACGAGCAGGUCAUUCCAGAAGAGGUAUAUUGCUUUUUGUAAACCAGUGUAAAGUAUGUAUCUAUUAUUUUAAAAUAUAUUUGACGGGUUUCAAAAGCAAGAUAUUUCGUCAUUUAAAUAACAACUCAGAUAACCAUCUUCUACAAUUGGCAACCCCGACGUGCGAAAAGCGAUUUCAAAGUGAACGUGUUACAAUCGGUACGACGAGUACAAGCGGAGCCGACUGUGUGUCGAUCGAAUAAGAUCAAGUAGAUGCGGUGAACACACCGCUCCGCGUACCGUCGUUCUGGUCUCACGACGUUGCGAAGCUGCCCGGAUUACUAGCGAUAAGACGAAAUUCCACGCUUCCGUCACAAAUAUUACAGCGCAGCAUGUGCAGUUAGUCCGGGACAUAUUGUUCGACCCGCCGGAGACAGGACAGUAUGAACACCUCAAAAAGGAGCUGAUAAGGAGACUGGCAGACUCGGACUCCAUGAGGGUGUGGAAACGGAACCUACUACUACGACGAACGACGUUUCACGGUGGCGGACGUUAGCACGCCUAUCAUCGGCAUGGACUUCUUAAGCUACUAUGGGUUACUGGUCGACCCUUGAAAUCGCCGCCACAACGACAAGAUCAGCAACUUAUCAACAAUAAGAUACACGGGCACGACUGAGACUGUAUCGAGCAAAACAAUCGUCGCGAACCUCGACGCCUCGCCUCCGAUCGACGCAAGCAGGUGAAGGCGGGAUUUGAGACGAUGACCGAGCAAGAAGUGAUGCGGCCAGUGAAAAGUCCAUGGGCAUCGCCUCUGUACGUCAUACUGAAGAAGAACGGAGGCCUACGACACCGCAGCGACCGUGCGUUGAACGCCUGCAUCGUACCGACAGAUAUCCACCGCCGCUAUCGAAGACGUUGCGCAACAUCUGCACGGGUUUGACAAGUGACCGACGCUUUACCCUGCAUCGAAACAACAAACCCGCAGAUGCCGAACUCUCGCAACCGCACAUAAAAACGACGACCGAAGUCGUACGACCGUAGCGAAGAAAUAGUUCUAUCAAGAUGUCAAGGCCAAUCCUUAGCAGGCCGCGUACACGCGUAUAUGGAUGCAACUAUGACAAAGGAGAAUCAUAUUAUAAGCCAAUGGUCGACCACUUGGAUCGAAAAUACAGUUCUCGACCGCUUUUCUCUGAACCAAGAACUUCAUUGGCUGACGAGAUCGCAGCCCGCCGAGGCGACAUCGGCACGCAUGACCUCUCUGGUCCUCGCAACACUUCCUUUGGGCGUGACCUUGACCUUGAAUUAGAUCCUUCCAUUCGCGCCUCCCAAUUGCCAUUACCUUCCUUGACUACCGACAACUUGUUCCCCGAAGACGAGGAUAUUGUCUACGACAGCCGUGGUCAGCGCAGUCGACGUCGAUUCGCUGAAAAUUUUGCCAACGAUGUCGUAGCGACGACGCAACAUCUGAAAACGAAACUGGCCACGUUCGGAUUAGAGGAUGAGGUCGAUGCUGCAUUAAGAAAACCACGACGCCUACGUCAAGGACAGGAUCAAGUUGAUAGUAUUCUCAGUUCAAGGAAAAAUCUACAAGAUAUAAAAUCAAUUAGCGAAGAGGCAGAAACUACGUUUAAAAGACGUUCGAAGCUGUUUGACGAAACCGAUCGAUUAGAAGAGAGUAAACCAAUGCUUACGAAAUGGUCGAAAUUAAUUAACGAGGACGAAAGUUCAGUGUCCGCUAAUGCUGCUGCGACAAGGGCUAUGCAAACCAAAGCUCGUUUAAAUGACCUUGAGUCUGAAAUGGAAGAGCUUGCAGAGAGACAAGCAAAAAGAGAACGCAGGGCAGCUGCUCUCAGGGCAUUGAUCAACGAAAAUAUGUCCGAUACGGAAAAUCUCCAAGAACAAUCUGUUCUUAGCAAGAAGGUUUCCAUCCGUGAACACUCUGAGAAACACGUCCUCUGAACAAGAAUGAAUAUUUAUAACUCAAAUAUGAGAAUAUUCCCUCGUUAUUUACCAUUUACUUUCGAUCAAUUGACUAUCAUUUGUUCCUAAUGAUCCUGCAGAUGUUGUUUGUAUUAUAUGUACUAUUUGAAUAUUCGAUCACUUUUAAUUGACAGUGCAUAGGUGCAACAGAAACCAUGAUAUAUUCACAUUACACGAAUAAUACAGAUAUUUGUAUAAAAUUAUUUAUGUAGUAUAAAUACAUUGGCAAUAUCAUGGAAAUACAAUUUCAAUCGGAUUAUCGUUUAUUUUAUAUGCCCAGGAAUAUAUAACAUGUGCAGAGAGUUUUUGUAUGUAUUAAAAGUUAUGCUACACGACCAUAAUAUAAAUAUACGCAUAUACAUAUGUACGCACGCAUACGAUACCAGCAAGUACACGCAGAUAUACUUAUUACAGCGCACAUAUUUAUUAUUUUACGUACACUAGUUUAUACAGUAUUAUCGAAAAACUAUAUAAUUGUAAAUUUUAUUGGAUUUUCGAUUAUAAUUCUGUAAUUUUUAUGAAGGCAAAAGAUAAGUUAAGAGUUUCUUCCUAUUUAUUGUCUACUUUAAAAUUAGAAAAUCAUAUUUUUAAUAAAAUAUUGUUGAAUCACUCAUUAGUUAAAAUGAUAUUAAAUAACAUUAGUUAAAAUAGCAGAACGUGAAUCUUUGAAACUUGAUAUUUUUUUAAUAAUUGUAUAGACAAACACUCAUUUCCUCGUCGUCGUUGUUUUUUAAAUAUUAAGUACUAAUUGUUUGUUUUUCUUGAUAUGAGAAUGCAUUUUUCAAAUAGAGCAUUUUUCAAACAGUUAAAAUUUAUCAAUGGAAAAGCAAAAGUAUACUUUCGACUAAAUACAUAGUAUCCAAUCAAAGUUAGCAAAUAGAACGUAACUUAUGUAUGCAAUAUGUUCAAUACCUUGUUGAAUAAUCAAUAUUUCGUUUUCGCAAAUUUUACGCAAAAUAAAACCGUAUAGUACUUAUAUGUAUAAAAUUAAGCGAAGAAUUUAUUUUAUUUCUACUCUUUCUUUUAUAGACUAGAGUCAAAUCACAACAUAGUGUGCCAGAGAAAAAUAUUGUCCUAACCUUACUAUAUGUAUUUCUGUUAAUCUCUCUUAUUUGUAAAUAAAUUUCACUGUUCCAAUGUAUCCUGAA